AUGGUAGCCAGUAAGAGUAAGAGCUCAAGAUGUCAGACAGGGAUGCAGAAGAAAUGUAAGGAUCUGAAUGCGCCAAAGAAGCCGAUGUCGGGGUAUUUUAUUUUUGGACAGGAGCAGAGGAACAAGAAUGAGGAGCUGAGGAAGCAGCCGGUAGCAGAGCAAGGAAAGAUUAUAUCUGAGAUGUGGAAGAAUCUGAGUGAAGAGCAGAGGAACGAGUACAACGACAUUUCGAACAAGGAGAGGGAGCAGUACUAUGUGGCGAUGAAUGAGUAUAAGAAGAGUGAGCAGUAUCAGGAGUAUCUUGAGAAGGUGAAGGAAGCAGAAGCGGCAGCAGGAAAGAAGAAAAAGAAAGGAACGAAGAAGGUGACGGGGUACAAUGAGUUUUUCAAGGAGAUACGAAAGACGAUAUCUGAGGAGAAUCCUGGGUUUUCGAUGACUGAGACGACAUCUGCUGUUGCAAAGAGAUGGAAGGAAUUGAGCACAGAGGAGAAGGAUGUUUACAAGAAGAUUGCCGACGAGAAGAAUAUGAAGGCAGGAGUAGUUGGGGAGUGA